AUGAACAAAGAGAAGUUGGCUUCAGGCAACUUGACCACUUCAGGGCAUGGGAUCACUGGAGGAAUGGCAUCCCUUGCGCCAACAGGGGAACACAGGGGAUUGGCAGCUUGGUUGGACAACCAACUUUCCUCCCUGAAAUGUCCAUCACGUUUGCAGCUUGCCGAGCGAGUGGUCGGGAUGGUUUCUGCCACAGAGGGCUUUCGAUUCGCCAUGGAGCAUAAAGUUCCACCAUGCUUCCCUCAGAGCAAGUUUGUGUUAGUCCUUGGUUUUGGAGGGCAGGUCCGCAUCAUGUGGACAGCCUUCAUCACUGAUGAACCCAAACCCAACUUGACGCUUUGCAUUGUGUGGACUGAAAUGAGCUUUCCACCAACGCCUUCACAAUGUCCACAAUUUGGAGUAACACCAAUGGUCUGGACUUUUUGGCCCUCCCUGUUUUGGCCUGCAAAUCUGCAAAGAGGCAUGAAACCUGGACACCUAGACUGUUUUAGUUUUAGACAUUAA